GGGACCGCCCUGGAUGAGCGGGUCUGAUACAUUUCAGUAUUCACACGGACCACAAUUGAGCCGAGGGGGAACCGCUCUGGCGCUCUCCCGUGCUACGGCUGGUUGCAGUGGUGCAUGCUUGUCCUUGCACCACUUGCGCUUGACACCAGGUCAAGCGGCAGCACGGCUUAUACUCAUACUCGCUAAUUGACUGGCCCGUGUUGAUUGUGUGAUUUUUUUGUUGUCCGUGCCUGGUGGCUGGUGCGUCGGCAAAACAUAGCAUACUGGCGCAAACCGCGGCUGCUACGUAUUAGUAUGUGUUAAUGCCUAUUGCAUGUAAAUAGGUGGCAGGGAAAAUUCGGGCGGAGCGAGAAGUGCCUUCGCACAAUUGACUUUCGCGAGGUUGCCCGAAAAGCAAGCCAUGGCUUUGCGCAGUAUGACUUCUGUACGUCGUAAAUGUGCUUCAAAGACACAGCAGACGGCGAGCCGUCAUAAAGAGCCUGUCACCGUUGUCCAUUUCUGUAGCGGCUCGCUCUCACGCCUCUUUCUUCCUGGUCCGGGCGCAACCCCCAGUGGACGCGUUCGGACCAGCCAUGGCACCGAAGCGGCGCCGAGACGAAGCUGAGAAGGCGGAGGAGGAGAAAGACCACACAACGUCGACCAAAUGCGGUCUAGCUGGACUUCUGUCUGAGAAGAUAGAAGCCGAUGGCGUGGCGGUCACGCGCGAGGAAAGCCUCGCUGCCGUUGACUUCUUGGUCGCGGCCCUCACCAGGCUGCGCUUUGAGGCGCUGUGCCUGCUAGGGCUGGUAGCGGUCCGCAUGUGCGAGGACGCACGGCGAGAAGGUCAAGGCCUGCAGCCGCACUGCGCAACGUGUCGCCGGCUUCGGAAGACGGAGCUGGUGGAGGACGACAUGUACGCGGCGAUCUGCGCUGUGUCGGUGUGUGACCUCACCGAGCAGGGCCGGAAAAGGGGCCGGCCGUCCAAGCGGGACCAGCAUCCUGAGGACGACCUGUUCCGGCACGUCUGCGAGGAGCACUUCCCGCGCGACGAGGAGGCCGCGGGUGCUCGCGUCAACAGGUCGGGCUUGACUCCCUUCCUGCCGCCGUUGUCGAAGGGCGUGUUUACCAACGUCAAGAACCACUACGCCGCAAACUUCGCAGCCUGGCUGGCGCGCAGCUUUCGCUGCCGCAUCGACGACGAGCUUCGCGAGGUGGGGCAGGCGGAGGUGGGGCAGGCGGAGCUCCGUACUCCAGCCACCAAAAAGCUGGACAAGCUGGCAUGGAGCAUGGCGCAUGCCGUGCUCUACGACGGCGAGUUAGAGCAGCCGCGCUGGUGGGUGGGUUGGGCCCAGGGCGCCGCCGCGCAAGCCGCGGGCGCGGCGGCUGCGGCGGCGGCACAGGGCGCCGGCCCUGCGGGCGGGGCCGCCGCCGCGCAAGCCGCGGGCGCGGCGGCUGCGGCGGCGGCACAGGGCGCCGGCCCUGCGGGCGGGGCCGCCGCCGCGCAAGCCGCGGGCGCGGCGGCUGCGGCGGCGGCACAUGGCGCCGGCCCUGCGGGCGGGGCCGCCGCCGCGCAAGCCUGGACCGCCCUCGUUGACUACGUCAACGCCCAGCGUGCGUCGAAAAGGGCCGCAGAGCUGUUGCUGCGGGAGGUCAAGGGGACGCAGGCCACGUACAAGAAGGCCAGCACGCGGCACAUGGAAUGGGCCGCGGAGAUUCUCGCAGGCCUUGAGGCACGCCGCGAUCAGCUGGGGGCGCAGGUGCAGCAACUGACGCAGGCGCAGCCGUUGACGCGAGAGGGGGGUGUCUUGCCCGGUAGGGUUUCGACGCAGCACCGCGAUGGUGCCGUGAUCUUCCGAUUCUCCACGUACAGUACAUAUGGCUGUGUGGGUGCCGCACUGACGGCUGUUUGCCAUGGCGGUGGUGGUGCGGGCUCUCCUUUGCACACGGGUAACGUCGUCGGGUGGCGUGGUGUCUGCGGAUGCCCAACGUGUGCAUCGAGACUCAGAGGACAUAGACCGGCGGAGUAAUGUGUCCUAUGGCCCUUGACAAAUGGCCCAAAAACAAGGGAGGGCCAUGCUAAUGCAAAGGAUCGGCGCGGCUGUGGGGUGGGUCUGGGCCCUGGUCAGGGGUUCCUGCAGGGUUUCGUGCUAACCGCCCAUUUUCUUGCGCUUCUUUUGCACCUCCUUCGUUUCACUUUCUUGACGCGUGA